CGUUUGAAAAAAAGAAAGAAAACCGGAAGCGGUCAGUCGUUCACCCGGUAACAACAGAAGAAGACGAUCAUUUGUGCCACAGUCCGUCUGUUUACGUCCUGAGCUGAAUUUCCACCUUCCUCUCUAUUGUAGCGAUGGUGUUGUUCGGCUGUUGAAAGGUUCAACGCGGAGGCAGAAAUGGAAGAGAUAAAGACCGAGCCUGUGGACUUUGUGAAGGAAUUCCAGGAGUACCUGACGCAGCAAACCCAGCACGUCAACAUGAUCUCGGGCUCCGUCUGUGGAGAGAAGGAGUCGGCGGAGCCGUUUCAAGCCGCUGUACCAAGGAGUGAGCAGAAUGGCCUGGACCCCCCGUCCGUGGAGGUGAGCCUGCCAGUGGAGGACGGGUCAGACGUGCAGAUGGACGGCCUGGAGAGGACCUGCGAUGGGAAGUACAAGUGCAGCUACUGCAGCUAUGCCAACAAGGGCAUGGCUCGCCUGAUAGAGCACAUCCGCAUCCACACAGGAGAAAAGCCUCACCGCUGCCAGCUGUGCCCGUUUGCCUCGGCGUACGAGCGUCACCUGGAGGCCCACAUGCGGUCGCACACGGGAGAGAAGCCGUACAAGUGUGACCUGUGCGCCUUUCGCUGCAGCGACCGCAGCAACCUGUCGCACCACCGGCGCCGCCGCCACAAGCUCCUGCCCACGAGGGUCGUCCGCUCGGCCUUCUCCAACAAGCGGAUGCUGAGCGCCUUGCAGAAGAGGACGGGCUCGCUGGGCUUCAGCAGGCGACUGCUCAUCAAUUUCAACCCCCCCUCCAUGGCGAUGCCAAAGUCGGAUUAUCUGAACGACUUGUCCCACAAGCUCCACUACCAUUUGAACAGCGGCGAGUAUAAGAGCCUUCCUAAGGUAGAUGAGGAUGACGGCAGUAACAGGGGCGCUAAUGGUUUCACGUUUAAUAACCCGCUGGACCAGUUGUCUACACUUGCUGGCCAGUUGGCCGACCUUCAACCAGAGUCUCACACUGCAGCGUCCCCAAACAGGGAAUCCCUAGAGGAUGAGAAGCCCAUCUUCAUCCAUCAGGUCUCUAGUGAACAGCUUGCAGCGUGUUCAAACAGUGUGCAGACGUCACCACCUAAAGAAGAAUCUCCCACCUCCGGCCGCGGCAGUUGCAGCCCGGUUCCUGGCCUCGCUUUUGACGACAACAUUAACGCGCUUACCGCGAACGUUAGCAACAGCCAGCCGGGCACACCCGCCCCCGCCCUGACCUCACCGGACCAACAGCUCGUGCACAAGUGCCAGCAUUGUGAUAUUGGCUUUUCUGACAACAUCCUUUACACCAUUCACAUGGGCUGCCAUGGCUACCUGCACGCGUUCCAGUGCAACAUCUGUGGACACAUGUGUGUAGACAAAUAUGACUUUGCAUGCCAUUUUGCCCGAGGCCAACAUAAAAAGUGAUCCCUUGCAACAGCGAAAAAAAAGCACAUGGAGAGUUUUAUGUGCAGUUUACAAUCUAUUUUAGACUCACUUACAGCAAUAUAUUUCUGACUUACUGCAGUUCUACACUUUUUAUAUAUUUUUUAAACAGACAAAACUACAUACAGACAUUACAUACUACACAUUUUAAAUCAAAAGAACAGUUUUUAACAGUAUUUAAAAAUUAACACUGGUAUUUCACUGCAGGGCUGUCCUCUUUCUUUUUGUCCAUCAUUCACUUGUUAUUUUAAAUAUACACCGAAGUUUCUGUCUCAGUUAAAUCAGUACCACACUGUGAGAAACUGAAGUUGGAUGUUCAGAGACUGAAGUUUGCAUCCAGACAAGAUUCAUUAUGAUUCUGCUCAUGUUCUCAUAUUUAAGUAACAUUUCAGUUAGAUUUACGUUUUUUUUAAAGAAUAUUAAUUUAUACCCCUGAAACCCUUUUCUACGAGCAUUUAUAAAUUCUCUUUAGUAGUUUUGUGGUAACUAUAUAUAUAUAUAUAUAUAUAUAUAUAAAUUUUUAAGUACAAAUUCAGAUUUCACUGAGACAAUGUAACGAUCCUGGGUAGCCCCCUGACUGAGAUGUGAUGUGAUGUGAUGUUCUUGAUUUUUUUGAAAUCUUGGUUUAAUGUCUUAUUGGUUUGGUUUGUAUGUGAUGAUAUGAACAGAAAAUGUGAAAUUUUAUUGUGUAUCCUAACAAACAAGAUUAAAAUGCUCUAUGAUAAACAUUUUAUAACCCAUUUGCAGAAAUUAUGUACAUGGCCACUACACAGUAGACUGUUGAGUUUGACAUGGAUUUUAAGGAAACUUUGCGUUUUAAAUACAGAUUUCCUGUAAGUUUAUUUCUAAAUAAAUAAAGGAAAGGAUAUUU